AGUUACUUACUUCCAACAACAGGGGGUUCCAUGUCUCCACCCACUAAUUGUUGUCAAGGUAACCAGGUUGUCAUGGUUACUUCGCUGACGCUAAAGAGGACUUCCUGCUCAAGCUGGAUGAAAAGCGACUAAAAGGAAUUGGCAUAAACGGUAUUUUAGGUGUUUAUCCUGUACUUUAUGUCCAUGUAUUACAGCAGAUUCGUGUUGUUUCCUUCCGGUUUCUCCAGGUCAGGUUGUAGUGUUUGUUUGGUAGUUUUCUGUACUUUUUUGGCUAAGGACUGACGCUAAUAAACAAGCCACUUCUUCUUGGUUCAGUAAGGAAGCCAUCAUCUUAUUAAUGCAUUUAACCAGGCCAAAGUCCUCUAAAGGGCGAAGCAGACCCACGGUAGAAGACACAGACACCAUCCCCAGGCCACCUUCCACUCCUAAAUCUCCCGUGUACGGUGGCGUGGACAGAAACCUCCGCUCCCACUCUCAGCCCGUGCUGUGCCAGACCGGUCUGAGCCAGGAUGAAGUCCUACAGAUGCUGCAACACGUCCCUGCUGCUCCACCACAGUCCUUCAACAAGUAUAAAGUCCUCCCUUCCAUCCAGAGGAGUCAGUCAGAGCUGGGUGCUGGGAUAAACCUGGACAACAGGAUGUCCCACCUGAACCUGUCAGAGCCGGAUCUACCUAAAGGAAGAACUGUGAGGAACAUCAACAUGGUCUCUGUAGGGCCCCCAGAUCCAGGACCAGCAACGAUCAAGGACCCCAGAGGGACUGGUGCUUUGCUCCUGGCCAUCCGAGAACCAUGGGGUCAGAGGUUUGAGCAGCACUUUGACCCAUCAGACACUCUGCUCCAGGUGAAAGCCAGUGCAGAGGCCAAGUAUGGAGCAGAGUAUGGAGAAGCCUCCAUUGAGACCAUGGAUGUCCCACGCAGGACCUUCACCGACAUGAACAUGACUUUAGCCCAGUGUGGCAUACUCAACAAAUCAGUGCUGUGUAUCUUUCAAAAUGAGAAUAUAGUAGAUAAGGAGUAAGCUCAGACGGAAGCCAUGAUGAUAUUUU